AUGGCGACACAACCGCAAAAAGCGACCAUCAAGGGGUCAUCCGCAGUCCCGGGGAUUUACCAACUCAUCAUCAUGACCGUCGAGCCCAUCUUCGCGAUCCUGGGCGCGGUCAUGACGCUGCACGCGCCGAACCAGUAUCAGGCGGGGCUGACGCGUAACUCGCACACCUACGCGCCUCACACGCAGUUUCUCUUCACCCAGCUGAGCGGAGGAUGGCUCUAUUUCGCCUUCAUGGAGGGCGUGGUGCUGCGGUUCUUCGAUGACCUGAAUCUCUGGCGCGUCGUCUGUGCGGGCAUGCUCCUGAGCGACGCGGCCUACAUGCACGGAUCGGCACAGGCCAUUGGGGGCUGGGAGGUCUGGUUGAAGUACCAAGAGUGGACUGUUGAGGAUUGGGUCAUCUUUUGGUCGACGGCACCGAUGGUCUUGGUUCGGAUUUUGAUUGUGCUUGGAAUUGGAGUGAGGACUUCUGCCAAGGGAGUGAAGGCGGAGUAA